UAGAAUCUACCAGAAGAUAGAAUCCCUCAGGAGAAGAUAUAGCCCUAAGAUUAGAGCUGCUGCUCUUCUGUGCUGGAGAAAUCUGGAGAUUGAAGCUAAUACCUGUAGCUUCAAUUCCAUCCUGCUGGUAGCAGGGCCACCAUGCCAGGGCCAUCAGCAGCUCCAUGGGACACUGGUCCCAGGAGGCUGGAUCAGCUGGAAGAGUGGCUGCAGGGGAAAUGAGGCUUUAUCUGCUUUUUCUCUUCUGAUAAAACUUGCAGGAGUUGCCCUUUGCAGUCUGUAUCUGAUCAACAUUCCUGACAAUCUCAGAGCUGAGGAUGAAACAUGAACUGCAAAACUCUCAGUUGACCUUGGGGAGCUUAGGCUGGUGGGAGGAACACUGGGAAGCUCAGGUUUGGUCUAUAAUCUGAUCUGUGGUCGUCCUGAUAGCUAAAAUUUGAUUAGUGCAAAGUGCUUUUUCUAUAAAGAAGAUUGUCAGAAGAUGCUGUACAUUUUUCAAAGCAGCUUUCUAAGUGCAUCGCUGAAAUGAUGGACUUGUGGGUACCAUUUUCUUUACAUGAAAACUGUAAAAUAUUUGAGUGAAAUUGUAAAAGCAGCCAGAGAAUCUCAUCAUUUUAGUUGCACAGUUUCAGUGCUUCUAGCAGGAAAUGUACAGCGUGUGACAAUUCAGCUUUGUAAGUAGAUCGAUAGAACAGAUUAGUUCAGUUUUUACAGAAGUUGCAAAUACUAGAGAGAUAGUGGGAUCUUGGUUUGUAAACCUUAAACCACGCUUUCCUGCACAACAAUCUGCAAAGAUAUUCUCCUCUGUAAAGCAGGGCCAGACUUCAGCCAGCAGGAAUGGAGACCCUGGAUCUGUUGUGGAAUUGUUUGGUGUGCAAAUGGGAGCUGCGGAGGAGGGAGCCCAGAAUGCUCCCCUGCCUCCACUCCUUCUGUAAGGAAUGCCUUCCAGCUUUGAUCCAAGGAUACAGCUGUGUUCCCACUGAGUAUGAAGUUCUCUAUGAAGGUAUCCUUUCCUGCCCUGUGUGUAAAAAGACCUGCUUUGCAAGGGAUGUAGUUGAGAAUUUCUUCCUCAAGGAUUUUCCAGUGGGUGAUUCAGCUAUGGCAAAGAGCUGCUCCCUGUGCAAAGAGAAGAGACCUGCCCACAGUCUCUGCACAAGAUGCAACAAGUGGUUGUGCAGCUCAUGCACAGAGGAGCACAGACAUGGCCAGGAACCUGGAGACCACUUCCUGCCUUUAUCCCUGAAGGGCUGCACAGCUGAAGAUGAAGCAAGGGAGUUUUCCUUGUUCUGCCCAGUGCACCCUCAAGAGGCACUGAAGGUGUUUUGUGAGACCUGUGACACCCUCACCUGCCGCAGCUGCCUCCUGUCAGAGCACAAGGAGCACAGGUUCAGGCAUCUUGAUGAAGCGCUGCAAAAUCAGAGAAUUAUCCUGGAGAAUGUCAUAACUAAGGUGGAGGAGAAAAAAAAUGGGGUUCAGGUUUCAGUUAAACAGAUUGAAGACAGGUUGCUUGAAGUAAAACAUCUGUACAAAAAGGUGGAAAACCAAAUAAAAAUGGCCAAGAUGGUUCUGAUGAAUGAAAUCGAUAAGCGAACAAAUAUCCUCCUUGAACAACUGGAAAAAAUCACCAGUGAGAGGAAGCAGAGGCUGGAGCAGCAACUUCAAGGUGUUGUGGUUUUAGGCAGACAGGUAGAACAUGUCCAGAACUUCAUCAGCUGGGCCGUGUGUAGUAAAAAAACCAUCCCAUUUCUCUUCAGUAAGGAACUGAUUGUGUUUCAGAUCCAGCGCUUGCUGGAGACAAACUGUAACACAGACACGGGCCCUCCUCUGAAGAUCAGGUUUGCUUGGGACCCCUCCUACUGGACUAAGCAACUCUCCAAUUUGGGGGGUUUCACAAUGGAAGGUGGACACAUAUCUCACCCAGAUGUGCUACUCUGUGGAAAUAUUCAAGGGUUACAACCCUCUCUGUACCAUGGGCACCACGCCCCAGCCUCCCAGCUGGAGAGCAGCCAGCCUCACCAGUUCCCACCUGCGCUCCAGUGCUCUGCACCCGUGUGCUGCUCCCGCUGCCUCAGCAUUCCUCACCCUAACAAAGCCCAGCCUUCUUACCAAGACAUGAGCCACCACAAGAGCUUCCACCAGCCUCCUGCACUUCAUCAGCAGCACUUCCCUCUGCAGUACAGCCUGCAGCCCCCUGACAGGGAGCCAAGGGCUGCCCCCCAGCCUGUGAAGCUCCCGCAGGCUGGGCUGGAGCAGCAGCCGUGCUCAGAGCUGGAGAACGUGUCUGGGAGGGUGGCAAAGCCCUUCCCACCCCAGCCGCUGCAGCAGGGCUGUGCUGGUGUGUCCCAUGAGGCUCAGCAGGUUCCCACGAGCCACCCGCAGGCUUCUCUGCAGACAUCAGCUGUGGGAGUGCAGCUGGGCCAUGUCCAGAAGAUGAAAUCCAGCCACGUGCUGCAGCCGCCCCCACAGCAGCAGCAGCUGCCGCUGGUGUCUCCCCACCCAGGGCACGACGAGAGCACCCACAAGCAGGUCAUCCAGCAGAGCCUGGACAUCAUGAACCACCAGCUGGAGCUGGAGGAGAUGAAAAAGGAUCUGGAGCUACUCCUGCAGGCCCAGGGACAGCCCAGCUUGCAGCUGAACCAAGCCAAGCCACCUCAGCACGUUCAACAGACUAUAGUUGGUCAGAUCAACUACAUAGUGAGGCAGCCAGCCCCAGCGCAGCAGCAAGUCCAAGAUGAGGCACAAGUCUAUGAGAGCUCCACAGAAGCUGAUGCCCAGAAGCCUGCUGUUCCUCUUGACAAAAGUGACAGUCCCUCCCUGUCACAAUCAUUAGAUGAAGAAACCAGAGGCAGGAGCCACUCCCCUGAGAGCACACUGCAGCAAGCAACUUUCCAUCCAGUGAGAAAGCGUUCAGCCUCCCUAAGCUUUGUGGGCUUUCCAAACAGUGCAGAAAUGGAAUUAUCUCCAUCAAGGUUAUCCAGCUCGGCUGACCCAGAGGUGAAAGGGGCAGCUGCUGUGACACCUGGCCCGUCCCCAAACGCCCUCUGUGAGUGUGAUACUGCACCAGAGCCCCUGCCCAGCUACAGCCUGGCUCUGGGCAGGGCUCCCAGUGACCCAAGCCCUGGGGCUCCUGCUGGCCUUGCACCAGGUGAUGCACUCCAAGGAGGCACUAAAUGCAAGCUUGAAAAUGAAGACUUCAGUGCUGUGGAUUGUCUUCUAGAAAACAGCUUGGCUACUGCUGGGCAAGAGGUAGUUAAUGAAUUAACUCUUUCUAUGCAAAAAGUGAUGGAAGAACCUAUUAAUCUUUCAAUCAAAAAGUCUCAGCUCACUUCUCCUUCUGAACUGCUCAGCAACACUUCUUUCCUGCCUGUGAAUGCCAGAAUGAGACAACCUAGAAGCAAAGAAGAUUCCAAUAACUGUGAAAAGGAACAUUUUGAAAUGGAUAUGAAAAGCAAUCAGAAUGUCAGAGCUGCCCCAAAGGAGCAGAGGGUCCCCUACGUGCGACUGGAGCGCCUGCAGAUCUCUGCCUCAGAAGUGGGGGAGCUGCCGGUGUUCAAGCUCCAGCCACAGGACAACGAGCAGGAGGGCAACUUCCUCCUGGUAAUUGAGUGUGGCACACGGUCCUCAAGCAUGUCCAUAAAGAUAAAUAAAGAUAGUCCAGCUGAAGGACAGAAGUCCAAAGAGGAGAACUCAGAGGAUGGGAGAUUUCUCAUCUCCCAGGCUGCAGGACAGACACAAUCUCCAUCUGUUGAUCAGAAGCUCAGCAAUGGCAUCUCCAGCAUGAAAAAAUCCCCAGUUGCUCAGGAAGUCAGUCCAAUUGAAAAUGAGGAUUUCUGUGCUGUGUGUCUUAAUGGAGGAGAACUGUUGUGCUGUGAUCACUGCCCCAAGGUCUUCCAUCUCUCCUGCCAUGUUCCAGCCCUGCUCAGCUUUCCAGUGGGAGAAUGGGUGUGCUCGCUUUGCCGUAACCCUGUGAAGCCAGAGGUGGAGUAUGACUGUGAGAACACACGCUACAGCCACAGCUACAAUGCACAAUAUGGCCUUGGUGACUGUGACCAGAAGAAGUGUGAAAAGCUGGUGCUCUCACUGUUCUGCAGCAGUAUGAGCCUCCCAUUCCAUGAACCUGUCAGUCCCUUGGCUCGGCAUUAUUAUCAGAUCAUCAAAAGGCCAAUGGAUUUGUCCACCAUACGAAGGAAGCUGCAAAAAAAGGACAAGUCCCACUACUCUGCACCUGAGGAACUUGUGACUGACGUGCGUCUCAUGUUUUGGAACUGUGCAAAGUUCAAUUAUCCGGAUUCCGAGGUUGCUGAGGCUGGACGAUGCCUGGAUGAAUUCUUUGAAGAUAAACUGAGAGAGAUUUAUCCAGACAGGCAUUUCCCUUCAGUGCAGCAAGAUGACUCCGAUUCUGAAGAUGUGGAGAGCCGGGACAGCCCAGUGCCAUCCCAGGAUUUCCAGUGGCCAUCGUACGGGCAGGAGUGUGUGCAGCCCAAAAGGAAACGGCGCCACGCUGAAAGCGAAAAAACUAAAAGAAUGAUGUUUCAGCCAGCUAACAGCCUUCCUCAGGUAUGACCUCCUCCAGUUAUGAGAUUUGAGGAAUCCAGCAGCAUGACUGGCAGAGUUAAGGUGUGUGGGAGGAAAGCAAAGCGCUCGGGCUGUUUAUUGAAACUCUCCUCUUCUGCUGACCAUAUGCCUUAUUUCUAGAUCUUGUGGAUAGACAACAGAUCUAAAAUGUUUAAAUCUGUCAAUAUGCCAUCUGUUAAAUCACGUAUAUGUUUCGCAGUGUUUACGCUGAAGUACUAAUGUCUUGGUUGUAGAUGAUGAUAAAUAAUAAUAAAAAUAACAUCCUAAUAAUACCUCAUACUGCGGUACUAUUUCAUAAUCUGUUCAAUGUGACGUCUCUAUGUUAUAGAGCACAGGUAACCAUGUAGUAAUCUUGCAGCCUCAGUGUGAAUGUUGGCCAUGCUUUGUGAUAAAUACAAUGUGUAGCCAUUAAAGCUGUAAUCCUGUUGUCUUAUUCAAUGAUUUUUCUGGGAGCUUGGCUGCUCCAAAGCCUGUGAGAUAAUGUGAUUAUCUGAUUAGCUGUUUCUUUUGAAGCACAGCGUUUUCAUUAAAUCAGGAAAGAGCGAGUGCUAGUAGUGGUAACACAAGAGCUCUUGUGAGGGCUGGUUCUCAGUGCAUACUGGGUGCUGUGUUUGCAAGGCAUCAUUCUUCUAAAAUCUAAUUCAUGCUUGGUAAAGCAGUGUGGGAUUUCAUAGCUCUCAAAGGCAGCAUUUUUAUACAACCCAAGACAGUUGUUUUUCUAUAACGUAGAUAUUGGAAUUCAGCAAAUUAACUGUGGAGUGAAUUACAUGGUUCUAGAAGUGCCUAUAAAAUAAUGCCAUUUAUUUCUGAUUUUCUUUUUGCUUAUUACCUGUAGCUGUGAUUACCAGCAGUACUAGAAGAUGAUGAUAAUGCUAAGUAUGUAGAAGCUCAAACAGAAAGGCUAAGAUUUCUCUUUUUUUCUUUGCCAAAUUUCACAAUGUAUAGGCAGAACAACCAAGAGCAGAUUUAGAGUUCACUUGAACAAAGAUUGUGUGUCACUGUAAAGUCUGAAGGGUGGGGUGGCUGACAGGACAUCCCACCUGAGCAAAGAGUGAAAGUUUGCUAGCUGCUUCCCACUCCUUCCAGCAGCAGGUGAGCCACAUCUCUGCAUGGCCAGUGCUUUCCUCAUGUGUGGGAGGGGCAUCUUCCUCCUUAGAGCUCUGCCCAGCAGAAUAAUCCAGGCUGGAGCCUAGCUCUGAGACAAGAGGUUGUUGCAGACCUCAAACACAAUUAAAGUUCAUUUUAAUUAGGUUCCUGUAAAUAAAGAUGAUAUUUUCAGCAUAGUUUAUAUGAGCUAUUUUGUCUGGUAACCAUGUAUGUUAUUUUAGAUUACACUUUAAAGGUUUAUAUAUGAAAUAAUAAUAAGACAUGGAUGUUAUAGUCUACCAUGUGUGACUUACUGUUUGCCCUUAACUUGGUAGUGUGCUAAUCUUUCCUUUUCUUUGGAGAAAUGAAAAUCUGGAUAUUAGAAACUGACUGGCAAACUGUGAGAUGAAGGGACAGCCUUUACAUUUUCUAAAUGUAAUUCAUAUAUGUUUGCUUUCUGUCAAAUUCCUCAAAACAGUGAGAGUCUUGGCACAGGACAAUGGGUGUAGGUUUGUCACUGAAUUCAUCACCCUUAUCUGUGCUACAGGUGUCAUUUCUUCUCAGUUCCUCCACCAAAGAACUAUCUUUUACCAUUACUAAUGCAAAAAUGGUAUGCUUUUUUAGAUUCCAUCCAGGGGCAGUGGCAGAAAUGUGAGAGAUAGUGAUGGCUUCCUUUUUUUCUGGAAGAGCAGAGUCAACAAGAGCCUUCUUCUGUUUCUUAAAGGCUGUAAGGUUAUUAACUGUACCAUUAGUUUUGGAGAACACCUGUUUAAAUAAAAUUUAUCUGGGGUGUAUUAUGCUUUUAUUAAAAAUAGAAGUUUUCCAGUUUGUUAUCAUAAAUAAAACACCUUUUUGGGUGUGUUCUGGUGGGACUGAAUGACCUGAGCACUCUUAAGGCUAACUUAGAUUCUGAUUAAUACUCUAAGACAGGUAACAAUUGAAAAAAAAAAAUCAUAAACCUCAUGUAAUGUUGGUGAGCAGAACAAAAACUGAAGUCCUAAGCAUGACUUAAUAUAUUUUUAAACAUUAAUCCAAGGGUCAGCAAAUUCACAAUACAAUGCAGGUUAUAAGAACAAUAUAUUUUUCCUACAUGUAAUGGGAUACAUGUAUAAAGGGAAAAUCCUUUCUGUGUUUAAACACUUGGAAAAGAGAUUAAUUGCAGCUUCAUAAUAGGUAUGUCAAAGAAGAAAUGACAGCUAGAGAUUUGGCUUUCAUUUUCCCCUAGACAAUUUCAAAGACCUGCUUGUUCCAGUAUGGUGACGGGAGAAUGGCAUCACAGUUAAUACAAAUAGGUGUUUAACCAUACACAUUAACCAAUGACUGCAUGUUUAUAUGUGUAAUGUGCAUUGCUGAACAA